AUGGCAGGAGGCACGCGGAGCCGGCCGUCGAGUGCGCACAUUCGGCGUACUCGGCCACAUCUGCCUGCGCGCACCCCCACUGCCUCGCGCGCGGCGCCGCGCCGACACUCCAAGCGCCCCACGCGCGCCCAAGCCAUAAGAUCGUACUUUCGCACACCGCCGCCAGCCCGCAGCGGCACGUCACGCCUUCUGGGCGCGACGCGCGCUCCCAGACAACCCCACCACGCCAGGGCGCGCACACGGCGCGGUGCGACCGCCCCGGCGGCUCCGGCCGACCCCCCCGAGCAGCUGCCGAGCUUCCUGGGCGCGCUCUCCGCCGCCGCGGCCGGCGCCCUCCUCAGCAAGGCGCUCGGGCUCGCGAGAGAGGUUGUCGUCGCUGGCGUGUACGGGGUCGGCCCCGCCGUCGACGCGUUCAACCACGCCGUGAUCCUCCCGGGCUUCUGCUUCGUCGUCGUCGGCGGCCUCAACGGCCCGAUCCACAGCGGCGUCGUCACAGGCGCAGCGAACCUGCCGCGGAGGCUCCACGCGGCAUUCGCGCGUACCUGCGCGGGCCUCGCGACGCUCGCCGUCGCGCCGCUCGCGGCGGCGGUGCUGCUCGUCCCGGGCCAGCUCCUGGCCGUGCAGGCCCCGGGACUCCCCCCGGGGGGACUGAAUGCCGCCGCGGAACUCCUCCGGGGGCUGUCCUUCCUCGUGCUCGCGUCAGGCGCGACCGGCGUGCUCUCGGGCCUCCAGGCCCUGCGCAGGCGGUCCUUCGCGGCCACGCUGAUGCCCGCUGCGAGCAGCGUCUGCACCGUCCUCGCCAUCGCCGCGGCGCACGCUCGCGGCGCCGCUGCACCGGACGGCGGAGCCCUCGUCGUCGGCGCCGUCGCCGGCGUCGUCGCGCAGAUCGUCCUACAGACGGCCUCCCUGCGCGACGGCGCGCUGAGCCGCGCCGCCGCGCCGCCAGCCGCCGCGGCCACCGUCGACGUCGACACGCCGCAGAGCCUCCGCGACGACGCGCAGGCCGUCGCCGCGGCCGUCCGGCGCGCCGCGCGCAUCGCAGGGCCCUCGCUCUGGAGCGCCGGCGUGAUGCAGCUCGCCGUCGCCACCGACAUGGCCUUCGGAUCGUACAUCCCUGGCGCUGCCGCCGCCCUCGGUUACGCGAACCUCAUCGCGAUGGCUCCGAUCGGGGUGCUCUCCAGCGCGAUCCUCGUCCCCACGCUCCCCGCUCUGUCCUCGGCGUGGACCCAGGGCGGCGCGGCGGCUCUCGACAGCGCCCUCGCGCGCUGCCUCAUCGUCGCGCUGGUGCUGGCGGGCCCGCUGGCGACCGUCGGCCCGCAGCUCGCGCUGCCGGCCGCGCAGCUGCUGCUGCAGCGCGGCGCGAUGGACCUCGCGGCGGCGGCGGCGGUCGCGUCGCUGCUGGCGGUGCAGAUCUGCGGCACGCCAGCGUAUCUCGUGCGAGAUGUUCUGGCGAGGGCGCAUCUGGCGCGGGGCGACGCGCGGUCUCCCGCGGCGGUGUCGAUGGCGAUGGUGGCGCUGAAUGCGGCGCUCGACUGGUGGCUGACGCGGCCGGCGGUGGGACUCGGGGCCAGCGCGUUGGUGGUGGCGACCGCGGCGUGCAACGCGGCGAGCGCGUGCGCGCUGGCGUGGCUGCUGCGGGCGCGGCUGGGGCCGCUCGGGGACGGGCUGGGACGGAGGAUGCUGCUGGGGGCGCUCUGGGUGGCUUGCGCGUCGGCGGUGGCGGGGGGGGUGUGUUGCGGGGCGUGCCAGGCGCUGACGUGGCUCGGGGCGUGGGCGUUCGGUCCGGCGUACAGGGGGGUGUUUGCGGGCGCGUUGUCCUUCGUCGGGGUCGGCGCCGUGUCGCUGAUGGCGUACGCGUGGGCGCUGUGGGCGAUGCGGCAGGGGGCCAUUGCCCGGGGGGUGUGGGUGGCUGACGUGGGAGCGAAGUAG